AUGGAAGGCGAUACUAACGAGUAUCAACUCAUUUGCCAGAAAUUCAAGAUAAAUCCUAUCGCUGAUAUUAACAAUGCUAUAUCAAGAAGAUACAGCACAGUCUCUAUUUCUGAAUCUUCAAUAAAUUCCCAGCAUGAAGAGCACCUUCAAGCAGUUUUCCAUCUACUCAAAUGCAACUUACUUCCCUAUUUAAUAGCAGUUAAAAUUUUUUAAAAAUUUUCCUUUUUCAAUUUUUUUAAAUAAAUUUUAGAUUCAUAGAAAGUUUUAAAUAUAAAGAAAAAGAAAUAUUCUCUUCAUAAAUAUUAAAAUAUAUUUAAAUCAUCUCAAUCACAAAAAUUGUGUAGUUCCUUUUAUAGAGCUUAAAAAUAUAUUCGAAUGGAUGAGAGUUAGAAUUUUUCACCGAUCUUAUUAUCACAGGCCAAAUCCUAACUGUAUCGUUAUUAACAAAACUGUCUACCUACCUCUCUUCAAAUUUUUCACUGAAAAAACUCGUAUUAAAAUCAAACAAGUUCCAAGAGAACCAUUCCCUCUCAUUAUUAUCUCAAUCCCUCCGAAUGAAUGCUUCAUUGAUGCAUCUUGAUCUUUCAAAUAACCACAUAACAGACGAUUACUCAACUUUCAUAUGUGAAAUUAUAGAGAAUAACACAUCUAUAAGCACCCUUAUUUUGGACUCAAAUAAUAUAUCGAACUCUCAGAUCCCUUUAGCGCUGACGAAAAAUGAUACAAUAAGCACAAUAGGAAUUUCAAACAACCCGCUAUCCUUUGAUUUUGUUGUAUCUAUGCUUGAAAUGCUGACAAUAAACAGAGCUUUGACAACUAUUCAUAUGAGUGGGGUAGCUUUUGAAGGCCCAGCUCCCUUAAAAGAAAAUUCAAGCGGGCAGUUAACGAAAAAUGAAGCAGUGAUUUUAAAACUUGCUUAUGUAUUAAGGUAUUCAGCAAUUAAUUAUAUAGCAAUAGAUAUCGACCCCUCAUGCUCAGUCCAACUCGCUGAACUAGAAAAAACCUUAAUCAAGUACAACAGAAAAUUGACCACAAUUAGCUGUACGACAAUUGAUUGAACUAAAGUAAGGUCUAUGAGUUCUUUAUCAGGCAUUCACCGAGCUUUAAGAGCCAACACUUGGCUUCUUCAAAACUCCCACUUAUCUAUUGAUAAACAAGCAGAACCUAUGAGUGACAUUGAAGAUAUCGUCACGCUAAAGCAAACUAGCUCUCCAAGAAAGAGCUUGACUCCUCCAGAAAGAUUUAAUAGAAACAUUGACAGUGGAGGGCUCAAAGAAGCCUUAAAAAAGUUUGCAAACUCCAAGCCAAAUCGAAACUCAAUACCAUCAAUAAGUUCUUCUUCUAGCUCACCAGAAAGGCAUCCAAUUGAAAUUCAUGAAAUCCCUUAUCAAAAGGUCAGUUUAGGCUCAGCUGAAACUCCUCAGUUCACAUCAUCAAUACAAGGAAGAUCAUUCAAAGCUUCUGGAAAUUCAAGAAGAUAUGAUAAAAUUAGCGAAAUCGAUACAACGAGCUCUGAUAUAGAAGAAAAAAGAUUUACUCCAAUGAAGCCUUUAUCUAAUGACGAACAGAUAAAUAGCUUAUGAAAAGUUGUAAAAUCAUUAGAAAAUGGCUUUGUGCAGUAUCUAGAAAACAAUAGCAAAGCUGUUGAUAAUGAAGCUUUGAGAAAUAAAUUUGCAGAAGUCGAUUCAAGGCUCGAAAUUUUUGAAAAAAAAAUCAUCAGUUUAGAAAAGAAAGACGCGAUGUGGCAAAAAAGAAUUGAAGUGAUUGAAGAAAACAUUAAAUAUCUGAAAGAAAAUUCAAAUUUGAUAGCAAAUCAGCUAGAGCAAUUUAAAAGUUACAGUAAAAAUGCAGAAAAUGAAAUCCCAGUAAAACUUGACUAUGGGAAAUGUGAAGAAAACUAUUAUAAGCAAAGUUCUAAAAUUUCAGCAUUAAGCAGUGAAGUAGCGAAGCUGAAAGAAGAUAUGAAUGCUGAUGAACAUACCCAAGCAAUCCGAGAUUUGAAAGAAAAAGUAUUGCAAUUUCCUGUGGAUGGCGCUGUUUUGGCCUUGAUUUUCCCACUUGAAAUAUUUUUUGGUUCGACCAGCACCAUAUGGUUUGGUCAAACCAAAAAAUUUUCCCUGUGGGAAAAUCAAGGCCAAAAUAGCGCCAUCCAUAAGAAAUUAGAAUAUCUUCACUAGAAGGAAAACUCGAAAAUUGCCACAUCGAUGAAAUUUCUAAAGAAUGGAAUAGUAUCCGGCAAGAAUUAGUUUCUAAAUACAACAAGCUUGAUGAAAGGCAAUCAUUAAGUGCAAGCACCCUCAGAGAGAGCUUAAAAUUUUCAAAUUCUGGAAGUCUAAAACAGCUUCAUAUUCAAGACCUUUACCCUGAGUCUGAAAAUCAGUCGUACUCUGAUAUGACUAAUACUCCACACUUCACUAAUCCUGCUCAUCUUGUAAGACUAGAAGAAAGGCUUGUAGAACUUGAAAAAGAGAGAACCAAAGUUGAAUGUGUAAAAAAGCAAGUCAGGGAUGCAUUGGUAAUUUUAAUAUAGUCAAAAGUAAGUGCAAUAGAAAAUGUAGUCACCAAACAGUUAAAUUCCAAGAGGUUUGAAGACAAGGCUCAAAUCCCUGAAAAACUGAAAAAAAUCAGCCCCACAAAAGAAAUAAUUCCCCCACUAGACAUUUCGAGAACUUCCAGAAGAAAUUCAAUACAGGAAACAGAAAGAAUAAAAACAGCAAAAGCCCGCACUUUGACUGAAAGAUUUGAUGAGAAGGGGAACAAAGUAUUUUUACCCGGAGAAGCUGAAAGUUUAGUGAUGAGCGCUAUAAUGGGAAAAGCCAACAAUGACAGGCUCGCAGAGAAUUUAAAGCAGCAAAUCUCUUUGAGCAGAUCAAUAUCCCCUAUUCCUCCAGCUAACUCUUCAAGAUAUUAUGUCGAAAAAUCUGGAAGCUUGCCUUCGCAGCAGUUACAAGAAACUUUAAGAAAAAGGGGUAUAAAUGUUCAGUCAUGCCUAACAGAACGCCAAAGAUUUUAA